AGGUUGGAUUGACAUUGACUCUCCAGAUGACCCUUAUGAUGAGUCGAUGUGGAAGGAGCUGGCGAAGUUCCUGGAUGGUGAACAUACCUUCGCAGGAGGUCGCUACGGCAUGGCGCGCGAGCUGAUGCAGCGCAAUCUUGCCUUUCUGGCUCCUUAUUCGCUGGGUGAAGUCUGCCACAUUGUGCAACUCGCCAUCCAACACCGCAGGCUGAUUGUGUACCAUCGCAAGAUGUUGAAGCCGAUCCAAACCGUCCUGUGCCAGUUGUCACCUGAUGGAACUGGCGGAGUGAUUGAUGCAACAGAGGGUGAAGAGAUCAAAGAUAUGGAUGACUUGACGAUGGUUCUUUUCCGCAUGCUAUUGCACCACCCCUCGGGCAUUCGGCUCUGCCGGAUGAAGCAAAUGAUCAAACACGAGUUCCAAAGGAAGCUCUCAGAGAUGGCGUUUCAGUGUACCAAGCUUAUCGAGCUCUUCAACCAAGAGCCUCUCAACGAAACCUUUGUCCUGGACACUGAGAAUGAUGGGAAGUCAAUCUACGUGCGUCUGGGCAACCCAGACACCUUCUCGGAUCACGUCAAACGUAUCUAUGCUAUGGCAAAUUCUGCUGAAGCAAAACAGGCCUUACCCGGCCUCUCCCAAGCCUAAGAUGUCGCGUGAAGCCAGCGAAGCCUGGGAUUCGCAGCCUUUAGGAAGCGUACAGACUGGACGUCUGUCCCAGUGAGAGCUCGCACAAAGGCUUGCGAUUUCGUCUCACCGAAGCGUAACCGAAACAUGGCAUUCAAGAAG